AUGUUGGAGAAAGGGAAGUGCUACAAGUUGGUCAAGGUAUUAGUAAAGCAGUUUGAAGGAAUCAAAUACCUGUCCUUUUGUGAUGGUGCAUCAGUUGAGCUGCUCCUUGAUUUUCUUGAAAUAGAUCUACCUGAGGAAGAUGAGGAUGAUGAAAUUACAGUUCAAGCAACACAUCCAAUAAUAAAAGCUUAUGGUGAAAUUGUUUCCAUAUUAAGUGUAACUGAUUACACCAGCUGCAUGGUUUGUACUGGAUCAGUUCGUCAUGUUAGUGAAGUUCUUGCAAGGUGCAUUAAGUGUCAAGCAACACCGAAAUUAAGCCAUUGUAACAGUUGUAAAUCAGCAAAAAUUCUUCUCUCACAAGAAUCUAAGAAGUGGUACCUCACUGCGUAUAAUGAGCAUAUGCAAGACAUUAUAUCAGAUGUAGAUGGUGAGACACUUGAGGAAAAUCUACUAAGUAGUGGUGAGAUAUCAGUGCAAUACUAUACUGCAACUAACACAAUAAAGACUGUGACACCAGUUGAUGGUGGUCAUGGAAGUCUUCCACCAGCACCAGUUGCUGGUGGUCAUGGAGGUCUUCCACCAGCACCAGUUGCUGCCGGUGCAGGCCAUGGAGGUCCUCCACCACCACUACCAUUUGCUGCCAGUGGAGGCCAUACAGGUCCUCCUCCUCCACCACCACAACGACCACCAGUUGUUGCUGGAGGAGCCCACGGAGGUCCUCCACCAGCACCAGUUGCUGGUGGUCAUGGAGGUCUUCCACCAGCGCCAGUUGCUGGUGGUCAUGGAAGUCUUCCACCAGCACCAGUUGCUGGUGGUCAUGGAGGUCUUCCACCAGCACCAGUUGCUGCCGGUGCAGGCCAUGGAGGUCCUCCACCACCACCACCACUACCAUUUGCUGCCAGUGGAGGCCAUGGAGGUCCUCCUCCGCCACCACCACCACAACGACCACCAGUUGCUGCGGGAGGAGCCCAUGCAGGUCCUCCACCAGCACCAGUUGCUGGUGGUCAUGGAGGUCUUCCACCAGCGGCAGUUGCUGGUGAUCAUGGAAGUCUUCCACCAGCACCAGUUGCUGGUGGUCAUGGAGGUCUUCCACCAGCACCAGUUGCUGGUGUUCAUGGAGGUCCUCCACCACCUCUGAUCCCUGUUCCUCCAUUGGCAGCCCCUCCACCACCUCAUGCUACCUUAGGCAUUGCAGCUCUGCAACAGCAGAGGCUGCAAAUUCUAAG